AUGGGCAAUUACCCAAAAGCACUUUCAUCUCAUGAGAAAGCCCUUGCAAUUCGACAACAAUCACUUCCUUCUAAUCAUCCUGAUUUGGGUGGUUCCUACAACCACAUCGGUAAUGUGUAUAAGAGCAUGGAUGAUUAUCCAAAAGCACUUUCUUAUUAUGAAACAGCCCUUGCAAUUCGACAACAAUCACUUCCUUCCAAUCAUCCUGAUUUGGCUUCUUCCUAUAACAACAUCGGUAAUCUGUAUAAGAGCAUGGGUGAUUACCCAAAAGCACUUUCAUCUCAUGAGAAAGCCGUUGCAAUUCGACAACAAUCACUUCCUUCUAAUCAUCCUGAUUUGGGUGGUUCCUACAACCACAUCGGUAAUGUGUAUAAGAGCAUGGAUGAUUAUCCAAAAGCACUUUCUUAUUAUGAAACAGCCCUUGCAAUUCGACAACAAUCACUUCCUUCCAAUCAUCCUGAUUUGGCUUCUUCCUAUAACAACAUCGGUAAUCUGUAUAAGAGCAUGGGUGAUUACCCAAAAGCACUUUCAUCUCAUGAG